AUGGCAUCACCACUGUCAUAUACUGUCCAAGCCACCGCUGUUAUAGCGGCAGUUAUCACCUUUCUCAUCCUCUUCACCAUAUUCGGCAAUGUUCUGGUGGUUAUUGCAGUGCUGACUAGCCGCUCACUGAAAGCUCCUCAAAAUCUCUUUCUGGUGUCACUGGCCGCAGCAGACAUCUUAGUUGCCACUCUUAUUAUUCCCUUCUCCUUGGCAAAUGAGCUGAUGGGAUACUGGUACUUUGGCAAGACUUGGUGUGAGAUGUACUUGGCACUGGAUGUUCUCUUCUGCACAUCAUCCAUAGUGCACCUUUGUGCCAUUAGUUUGGACAGGUACUGGUCGGUCAGUCAAGCUAUUGAAUACAAUUCCAAGAGGACUCCUAGGAGGAUAAAGUGUAUCAUCUUAAUAGUCUGGACGUUGGCAGCCUUAAUCUCCCUGCCACCAUUAAUUUACAAAGGAAAGAAGGAAGACCACAACAAAGACAAGCCUCAGUGUAAAUUGAAUGAGGAGCCCUGGUACAUUCUUUCCUCCAGCAUCUGCUCUUUCUUUGCUCCCUGUCUGAUCAUGAUUUUGGUGUACCUCAGAAUUUAUCUAAUAGCUAAACGUCGGAGUAAGAAGAACACCAACAGCAGUAAACCCAAAGAAAGGACAUGUAAGUUAUUUUGCCACCGUGCUGGACACACAGUGUGUGGCCAUGGGCCUUCAAUGAUGGACAGCGUUGUUACAUCCAGAGGUGUUGUACUCCUGCCAAAGAAAGCAAAAGACUCGGUGUCUGCCUUGUCUAAAAAGAAAAGCCAUAUCAACCGAGAGAAGAGGUUUACCUUUGUUCUUGCUGUAGUUAUUGGUGUCUUUGUCUUAUGUUGGUUCCCUUUCUUUUUUACCUACAGCCUUCAAGCCAUAUGCCCUGAACUCUGUUACAUCCCACAAAGUGUGUUUCAGUUCUUUUUCUGGAUAGGGUACUGUAACAGCUCCCUCAAUCCUGUUAUAUACACAAUAUUCAACCAGGACUUCAGAAAGGCUUUCCGUCGGAUUCUGUGCAGGCACUGGACACACUCCGUCUGGUGA